UGCCGUGAACGCAGUUGACAGUGGGAUGGUUACGGAGAUAAGCGAACGCUCCUGCGGACCGGUCAUACAGAUACACACACGCACAUCCAAAGUCAGGACCUCAUACCGCCAACUGGCGCAUUGGCGGACUCAUAUCGCGGAUCUUACUCUGGUAGACAAUACUUUGGACACGCAGACGACAGGGAUCAAGUUAUAGACACCAAUAAAGGGAAAGCGAGUGAAUAGUUGCCAGAGGAUAUUACAACUUUGGUCGACCACUUGGUUGAAGGACCAUGAGCCAUUCAGAAGGGUCGUCACCCUCAGCAUCACCGCGAGCUGUGGCCUCCCCGGGCCGCGAAUCACCAGUUAUGGCAGGGAAAAUACAUAGGAAAAGAUCCGAUGCUGAAAACGGACCCAGCGUCAAGAAGUUAGCAUUCUCUAUCGACAGGAUAAUGGAACCAAGUCCGAAACGUAAAGCAAAUUCGAAUACAAAUUCGAGUACAAAUUCGCCUCGAGAUCAGGUGUCGCUAAGUUCCGUUGUGGAUGACUUUAAACGUAAGCUCCAGGAUCCUUCCAUGAGCUUUCCGCCUGCCCUUGGACUCCCGUCACAUAAUCUCACACAGGCCUUCCAAUUGGGCCUGUACGGGGACAUGCAGCCACGCCCUGGGAUGUAUCCCUCACAAGGGGACGUACAGGAAGCUGUGAAAUAUUUCCCUUACAUGCAUCCGGCGUUCCUUCUUGGUGGAAUAACAGACUACAAUCAGACCAUGUUGAGACAUUAUUCGAAUUUGCAGUUAAACGGACUAACGUACGCAAAAGACGCCAUGGAGAAAGCCAACAUGGACGCUUCUCUCAAACUUAGUGCAAUGCAGUCAUAUUCUAGGAAGCCUGUGUUCCCCUCCGAUAUAAGUCGACCCCGCUCUGGCGAACUCUCUCCGAGAAAAUCACCCAAUCAUUCACCGACGGGCAGUACGAAACACGACGAUGAGACAUUGGACUUGUCAUUAAAAGCGACGAAAUCUGUGGACAAUUCUUACUUAAGUGGUGGCGAAAGUAGCGGUAGGAACAGUGAUGCUUUAAGUGUUUCGGAAUCCACGUCUAGCUGUAAUAUGAACCCUUCUACCCCACCUGCUAAGCGAACUGCUACUAAGUCACAGAAAACUUUCACGUGUCCUGAAUGCGGGAAAAUCUUUAACGCACAUUACAAUCUUACGAGGCACAUGCCGGUGCACACAGGGGCUAGGCCCUUCAUCUGUAAAAUCUGUGGGAAAGGGUUCCGACAGGCAAGUACCCUGUGUAGACAUAAAAUUAUUCACACCCAGGAAAAACCGCAUAAGUGUGGGACCUGCGGCAAGGCGUUUAACAGGAGUUCAACCUUGAACACGCAUAUGAGAAUUCACGCAGGGUAUAAACCUUUUACUUGCGAAUACUGCGGAAAAGGCUUUCAUCAAAAAGGUAACUACAAAAAUCACAAGUUGACUCAUAGUACAGAGAAACAGUAUAAAUGUAACAUUUGUAAUAAGGCAUUUCACCAGGUUUACAACCUCACCUUUCACAUGCAUACCCACAAUGAGAAGAAACCGUUCACGUGCCCCAUUUGUGGGAAGGGUUUCUGUAGGAAUUUUGACCUCAAGAAGCACAUGCGCAAAUUACACGAUGGUGCUUCACCUUCCGCUCUGAGUAUGAGCAUGAGUAACUUGUCUAAGAGCCUUGGUCACCAUCAUGAUCCAAUGAGCAUGGGCCAUGCUAUGUCCUCUCUAGCCUGUAGUAGCUCAUCGGCAUUUUCCUCAGCAGCUUCUCUGGGGGCCAGCUACCUUCCGCGUCCUCUCUUUGGUGCCCCUGGUCUAUCUUGCCAACCAAAUCCAUUCCUUUUGCCAGGUAGUGCAGCCAUGUUACAUAAAAUCCCAACACUUUAGCAUCAAAAUUUGAAUAUUGUAUAUAUUGUGUUUGUAUGUAAAAGUGCCAUAAUGCCUGUGCUUCGACAACUUGAAUCACAAAGUAGUUUGAUUUCUCGUUGUGUAUGUUACCUCAGUAUCCCCAGGUGACAAAUUGUGUUGUAUAUGCUAUACUGUUUUAUUCAUCAGUACGUGCUCUUGUCCCAAUGUACCAGGCUAUGUACAUCGUAUUACCAUGCGUACCGCGUUACACUCUUUCAAUUGCAAAAAGCAACGCCACAUUUGUUUUAUGUGGUGAAGUACUCGGAUGGCACCGCCGUGUCUGGAUUCAAGUUGUUACUGUUUCAAAACGGGCCUCUUUAAAAUCAAUAUGAAACUUGUUCAUUCGAUACUACUUUCUACAUUAAGCGAUUGGAUGUUGGUACGCGAAUGGGUCAAGCCGCCGUGUGACUUGAUGUAAACUCGGUGCAAACAUUGGCGGAUAACAAUCUUUAAAAAUGUAAAGCAAGUCGUUGAUGCCAUGGCGUGUGACAAACAGCUUUAAACUUUCAGAUGCCAGUUGACUAAAAUAAUGAUCGAAAAUGAAGCAUGGUAGAAGUAGCUACCAAAAAUAUUGUACUCUUUGGAAAAUUUCAAAAACAAUUUGAAAAAUUCAAACUUAGUCAUCCAAAAUCGAACGCAAAUCACUAUUUCUAAUUGAAAUGCUUGCAGCAUAAUGACUUCCCUUUGCAACUCUACGCAUUCCUGGUGUUUGUAUUGUUUUCAUAUGGCAGUAAUCUUGAGUCCGAUGACUGCUCGGUGGCUGCUAUUUCAAACUGCAGAAGUUGAAAUCAUUGCAUGCUAGAUGUGGUUAAAUAAAUAGUUUUUAAUUCCGCUGCCAAAUUUGGUCCGGUUGAUCACCAGACUUAAAUUAAAUUCUUACAUUUACCACCAGACCAAACAAAAACAACCAAACCAUAACCUUUGAAGUUUUAUUGAAGUUCUAUUUAAAAAUAUUAGACCACUUACUCCAAAAAUAUUUUACCACCGGACCAUCAAGUCGUGGGAAACUAAAACCUGAUCAACAUUAAAGGAUACCAUUAUGAUUAAAUGAAUUAAAGUGGAGAAUGCUGGUUAAGGGGAAUUAUAAUUUCAAACAUCUUUUUGUUUUGUCACCCGGGAACCGUUUAAGUAUAGAUCCCUAUUGGGCAUCAUGAGAAUUUACGAAUUGACAAAAACGCGUGACACGUCAGUCAUUUUAUUCGACCUCUGGUGGGGUGUGUAACUAUUCUUAAUAUGGUUAGCCCGAUUAUAACUUAAAGUCUCAACCUGAUUACAUUCUGCUUUCUUCUCGAAUUAGGUACCUGGCUACCGCUCAAAAUUAGCUAUCUAAAACAAAUCAAUUUCAGAUUUGAUAAUUUCCUUUAUUUUGAGAAAACGGUUCUGAAAUAUGUUUACAAAGUUGAAGUUGCACUGAGCUAAAAUUAAUAUCCAUCUUGACGUUUUAAAGUCUUACUCCGAAGCCCUGAUAUUCUAUGCGCACUAACUCUAACAACGUGGGGCUAUUUUUGGUUAGCGCGUUAGGAAACCUCUCCGUUAUCUCCAUCAAAGGCGGGCGGACACCGUAAAAUAAUCGUCAUCUUUUCUGAAUGAUGUAAGAAAAGAUAAGAAAAACCGUGGUAUUGUAUAAAAGGUUAAAUUAGACAUCGCCGGAACUUCAUGGGAAGGGAUCUUCCAGGCAUGCGAGGGCUCUUUGGGGUAAUUGGGCUCGGAGCGCUACCGCACGCUUAGUUGAAAAUUACCCUCCCUAAUCAAGCAAGGGAUAUUUGCCCUUUUUAGCUGUUGAGGAUUUCCGCUGCUGCAAUCUCGAGCAAUGGCAUCUUAUUAAUGGUCUAUAGCCCAGUCAGCUCAGGCUAAUUAGGGCCAGUUGAUGUCAAAUAUACAGUCCACUGAUCAGAGUAAUGCAAUGUUUGAUCUUUCCCCAUAAUUGACCAUUAACUUUCUGUAGCCGCGUUCAAAACAGUGAAAAUUGCCAGUAUCUGUUUAGAUGGAGGUACUUAAGAAAGUGAAGUCGAUGGGUUCUGAAUGGUGAUGCGUUAUAUGAAUUUCUUUCAUGUUUUGAGUGUUAAUUGGUUGGCUUAAGAUUCGGGAUGCGGAAAGGUGUUUUCUUCUUCAUUUACUAAACAAAGAAUUUCAUAAUUUCUAAACAAAAGAAUAAUGUAAUUAAAUCAUGACAAAGGUUUAGGAAUAAUUAUUAGUACCAGUAAAAAUUUCUAAAUCUAAUUCCUAUUUUGUUACUUGUCUACGAUCGUAAAUUAUUUACGCACUUGUUUACGGUAAAUCUGAAUAUCUAAUAUCAGUUUUGAAAUAAAUCUAAGUGAAAUAAAUUGAAAAGCCAAGUCUGAAUUUUCUGCGGAUACAUGUUCCACUCUUUCUAGUAAGCAGCCUCUGUAACAGUCAUUGCGGUACUGAUAAUGUGACCGCUUCAACUAGUGACAUGCAUUGCAUUCAAAUGUUUUAUUUUUAUUUACUUUGCAAAAUUUUAAGUUAAGGAAAAUAUGACAACACUGGUGCAUAUUCUGCCACGGGUCACCAUAUGCUGUCUCUGGCGAACGCGACCUUCAGAUGGUGAAUUGAAGUAUCAAAAUAGUAUUUAUAACUAUCGAUUAUUUGAGUCACGAUUAGCUAUACAUCUGGCGUGUCUGGCAGUACGUAUAGUAAAUGAUAGGUUUACAAGCCUAGAUCUCGUAUUGUAAUGACUAAGCAAAAUACUGCUAAAUCAAACUGUACAUUACUGAUAUGUGUUACAAACUACAUUAUUCAAAACAUUUCCUUUCAAAAAAUAUAGCUAUGAGCUUGAUAUUUGUGGAACGUGUAUAAUUGAAAAAAGAGGCGUGGUUAAUCUAAUUUACUGAGUAUUCGAGUAGAUAACUGCACAUACAUGUAGCAUUAUUCUACGUUCUGAAUCAUAGGCCUAUCGCUCUAACUACGCUGGGAUACAAAUCAUCUGAGACAUAGAUACCAGUGUCUUGAAAUAAGGCCCAUUCCUUAAAAAUAUAUGCCUGAUUCAAAAAGAAAGUCCCCUUUCGCACUUAUGUUAUACAUGUACAUGGCUAUUUCGUAUUGUAAAUGGGAUUACACCCCUUUUUCAAUAUUACAUUUAGAAUUUAUCAAGCCCAACUAUAUUUAAUAACUAAUAUAAUUGAAGCGAUGAUUUAUAUAUUUAAACAUUCUACGAAAUCGACCAAAACUGACAUUUUCAAGUUAGAAAUUAACAAGCUUGUUCUGACGGUGACUAUCAACUUCAGUGUUCCUAUUUCUUGCAAACGAUCUUUAUAAUUUUUAUAAACCAUUGCUGCGUCUGAAUUCUAGAAUUACGUCACGACUGAGUUACUUUUCAAUUAAAUUGCGUUUUUUUCACUAAUAAUCUCUGGAUCUUGAUGAACUGAGUACCAAACCCCCUUAUACUUUUUAGAAUAUCCAGAACAAUUCUUCAAAAAAGAUAUGAAAUAAUUCAGUAUGAUCUUCACUCAUAUUCUAACUGGCAUUCUAACUCUUCGAAGAAAUAAUUAAGGGUCAAAACUAAACCUGGCAUUUGGUUUGGUUUUAAGCUCAAAUGCUUGACUUUUUGGGUUUGUACGGAGGGCAGUAUUACGGUAUUACAGUAUUGUACAUCUGUGUAUCAACAAUAGAAUGAAUGAAAUAUAUAAAGACGCUGGAUUUUGAAAAAAACUUGUCUUUUUCGAGCAAGUCAGACCUGGACCUUCGUGUGUUUCAGAACUCAUUUGGUAGAUGCGUAACUGGAGUAGUGGAGCCUUAGCAUUACUGAUUUUGCCCUGUUAUUACGAAAUAUAUGGAUGUGACUCUGUCAUGUCUUUGGUGAUUUAGUGCCUAGCUGACUCCCCAUGUCGAACUUACCAGGGAAUGGUCAGAGGUGAAUUUUACGAAACAUUUACCUUAUAAUUUACAUGUACCUUGUUAUUUCCAAGUGCAUGCUCUCAAAAACAUUAUAAAUAAUCCGGAGUUUGGGAAUGGUUUGUUGCAGAUUUUUGUUUCCAUCACCUUCGGAAUAAUUAAUGAUCUAAUGUUUGCGAAAACAAAGAUGAUUUGAAACGGAAACAUUUUCUUUGAGAGGUCAGCAAUAACCCCCUUUUUAGUAGAAAGUCUUUCAUAAAGGACGUAUCAUCAAUGAUUUGUAAACAUUCUAAUCUAGAACCAAAGUCGAUGACUUCAUGUACCGUUCGAACCCAAUGCACAUAUCUUCUUAAGGAAAUGAAAAUGAGUGACGUGUCUUUCUCGGUUCCUCGGCCAUAGUUGCCAAACAAAAUAAUGUAUGUUCAUCAUUUCUUGUACGUCUUAUUUGCAAGAAAUCACCUUACUAACCCAAGCUUGACAAUGUCAGUUUUGUUUAAAAAAACAUCGGAAACGGAAAGUUCUUGCAUCAACAUCAUAAGCAUUUCUUUUUUCUCCACAAAACAAAAGCCAUGAUUAAACUUGGAUGCAGCAGCUUGUCUUAUCAAUUGUCUCCUCAAUCUGAGAAAAGGAUUUUAGGUUCUCUACCAAUAAAAAAAAUCUCCAAUGCCAGGCUUUUGCAAAUCAGUUGAAUUAGAGUUAAAUGUCUUAUUGUUUUACUAUACCAAGUAAUUGGUAAUAAGAAGCAUUUUGAUUUAGUCGCAGUCGUCUGAUAGAAUCGGGCAACACUAUUGAGUUAUUUCUGGUUUGAAAAUGAAUUUGAGUCAGACCCCUUGAAUUAACAGACAUCAGUCAUUCUAUUGUAGGCACACGACUGUACUAUCUGGCAUUUCUCAGUUGCUGUUUCAAUAAUUAAUUGCAGUUCAAAUCUUUUCUAAGUUAUUGCUAUAAAAAAACGGGUUCAAAUCACCAUUGCCAAAAAAAGACUUGUGUUUAAAAUGAUUUAACAAAUCAUGUUAUCUAACAUUUAAGGGUAUAGUCCGAAAGUUGGUUAACGCUGUGAAGUAAUGUUGUGUGUUCGUUGUGGAAGUUAAUUACCAUGUUGGAGCGUCAUUAUAUCUUUGUUCGUAGUCUCCCCUCCCCCUCGACUAUAAAUUGUUCAACUUUCAAUGAUUGUAUUGGUAUUGAUUUAGUGUUUAGUUUUGUGAAACUCACCAAAAAUACUGAUCCCUCUUCAUCUGGACUUCGUUCAGAAUCGCGUUCGGGGCACUCACCGCCAAGGGUUAAAUAUUGUUUCAUUUGGCAUAUUUGGCAUCCUGUAACAUUGUGGGUUGUCAUAGUUGUAAAACAUAUUGCGUCAUUUAAGACUCAUAUUGUACAAUGUACUUAAUUUAUUGUCUGUUCUAUUUUGUAAAAUAAAUCAGAGUUCAAAAGAGAUAUGAUAGAAAAUUUA